AUGUGGAAGCGGAAUAGGAUCCAGGUUCUACUGGCGAUCGUGCUGUUAGCCUUUUCCCAGUUGGCAAUCGGCGACACUGCAGCAUCAUCUGCCUUAGCAGCUUCAGCAACAGCAGCGCAGUCGCUGGUGUCUGAGGCAACCUCCACGAUCGCUGCCGAAACAAAUGGCUCAUCCACCUCGUCGAACAGUAUAUCUACUGUCCUCGCACAUCUCACAGACUCCAUUGGGGAUCUAGCAGAAGCCAUUUCAAGGGCUGCUCAAGAAGCUGAACAACAAUUUCUCAAACUACUCGACCCUGAACUGUUCUAUUCCUAUGGAGGAUCCCCGCCAGUAUACCCGACACCCGAGGGUUCUGGCGCAGGCGCUUGGGCCAGUGCCUACGAUCGAGCCCGUGGGCUUUUGGCAAAUAUGAGUACCGAAGAAAAAGCUGGAAUAUUGUCAGGUGCAUUAGAUGCAAAUGGAUGCUCAGGCUUUUCAGGUGCCGUCUCGCGGCUUGGAUUUCCUGGUAUUUGCUUGAAUGACGCUGAGAGCGGAGUAAGGACGGCCGAGUUGGUCAACGGCUAUCCCGCACAGAUACAUGUCGGGGCAUCUUGGAACAGAAAUUUAACCUUCAAACGAGCGCAGGAGGUAGCACGUGAAUUCAAGGCAAAGGGAGUUAAUGUCAUGCUUGGGCCUGUCAUUGGACCUCUAGGACGAAUUGCUAAGGGAGGACGUAACUGGGAGGGAUUCUCAAAUGAUCCAUAUCUGGCAGGCGAGUUGGUGGCGCCAACAGUGUCAGGUAUACAGCAGUCGGUGAUCGCAUGCGCUAAACAUUUCAUUGUAAAUGAACAAGAAACAAACAGGAUGCCUUUCCUCGUGGGCUUGCUAGGUCUAUUCAAUCAAUCGGUCUCAUCAAACAUCGACGACAGAACCAUGCAUGAACUAUAUCUAUGGCCCUGGUACGACGCAGUUAAAGCAGGACUAGGAUCUGCUAUGUGCAGCUAUAAUCGAAUUAAUAAUAGUUAUGCAUGCCAGAACAGCAAGAUUAUAAACGGGUACUUGAAGACCGAGCUUGGUUUCCAGGGCUUCGUUGUCAGUGAUUGGUACGCUCAGCAGACAGGCAUCGCAAGUGCAAAUGCGGGUCUUGACAUGGCUAUGCCAAACUCUCGGUUUUGGGGCCUUGAUCAACUUAGUAUUGCUGUUUCAAACGGAUCGGUUAAUAGUAGUCGACUUGACGAUAUGGUUACAAGAGUUCUGGCCUCAUGGUACCGUUUCGCCCCAUUUGAUAAUCCCGGUAUAGCCAACUAUGCUUCAACAGAUGCUCGAGUUCAGGCUUCUGCCCCCAUUCUUUUUCAAAGCGCGGUUGAAGGGCAUGUAUUGGUGAAAAAUAUCAAUGGGAUACUUCCUCUCAAAACACCACGGGUGCUCUCUGUGUUUGGAUAUGAUGCUGACGCUGGUUUCAACACGUCAUCCGAUGACUCAACGCUAUACGAUUUUGGCAUUCCAAAUGCUAAAGAAUACCCCAAUGGCGAUUCUUUCUCCGGCCUAGAUAUGGACUUUUAUAUGGCUGAGAUAGUCCCUGAUGGAGACGCUGGACCUCCUGUAGCUCUCAAUGGGACUUUAAAAACGGGCGGUGGUUCCGGUGCGAUAACACCUACAAUUUCUAUUGCGCCUUAUGAUGCUCUUGUCCAGCAAGCCAUGCAAGACAAUACAACUCUGUUCUCUGACUUCACUUCAUUGAAUCCGAAGGUUAAUACAUCCACCGAUGCCUGCCUCGUCUUUAUUAAUGCUCUGGCCUCGGAGUCAUGGGAUAGAUCAACUCUAGCAGAUGCCUACAGUGAUACACUGGUUUUAAAUGUUGCUUCGCAGUGUUCCAGUACAAUUGUUGUGAUUCAUAAUGCUGGAUUAAGACUUGUUGAUCAAUGGAUUGAACACGACAACGUCUCGGCCGUUAUUUUUGCCCAUCUCCCAGGACAAGAAAGUGGAAGCUCCCUGACGGAGAUUCUGUAUGGCCGACAAUCGCCAUCUGGGAGACUUCCAUAUACAGUCGCUAAAACGGAAAGUGACUACGGUAAUCUCUUAGGUCCAACAUUACCGGAUUCCGAAAAUAUUUUCUACUCCCAGUCCAAUUUCACCGAAGGGUUGUAUAUUGACUACAAACAUUUCAUCGAAAAUGGCAUUACUCCGCGCUUCGAAUUUGGAUACGGAUUGACAUAUUCCGAGUUUACGUAUACUGGUUUGAAUGUAAUCUUGAACAGCAGUGUCGACACGUCUUUCCUUCCUCCGGAUAGUGACACAACAGGUGAUGCUUCGCCGGAGGGCGGACUAGCUUCUCUAUACGAUGUGAUUGCGACUGUCCAAGCCAAUGUGGCCAAUAUUGGCAAUGUGACCGCGGCCGAAGUUGCACAGCUAUAUAUCGGUAUUCCCAAAAGUGGUUUACCCAAGGCUCUCAGAGGGUUUGACAAAUUGCUCAUUGAACCAGGAGGUAGUGUCAGUGCCUCAUUCUCAUUGAGACGUCGUGACCUUAGCACUUGGGAUGCGGUGCAGCAACAGUGGGUGCUUCCGCGCGGAACUUAUAGCGUGAUGGUUGGGAAAAGUGUGCUAGAUAUUCAGCUCAAUGGGACAAUUGUUCUUUCUGCGUGA